UGUUUGGGUGCCGUGUUUUGCUCACAUAUCUGUGAUUUUACUGGUUUAGGAACGCAGUUUGUUCAUCUCCCGGAUAAAACAAGGCGCUCAAAGUUACAGGCACAGGUAAAUUGAAGCAAUCAACGUUUUUACAACUACUACUGCCAUGAUUGAAGGCAUGAAACGCGCUGCUGAAAUGGCGGUGGUCCCGAUGUCGGUGAAUAGGCCAAGGCACGAGCUUGUUGUCGCUGCCCAGUCCCACUCACAACCACAACAGCUGAUUUCCACGGGCCCUCCUCGGACCUCUAGUCUGCAGGCCCCGAUCAUGCUCAUGGCCGGACACGAAGGUGAGGUGUACUGCUGUAAGUUUCACCCCAAUGGCGCCACUUUGGCCUCGGCUGGCUUUGACCGUCUCAUUCUGAUGUGGAACGUGUAUGGAGACUGUGAGAACUACGCCACACUGAAGGGCCACAGCGGAGCGGUGAUGGAGCUGCAGUACAACACCGACGGUAGCCUGUUGUUCUCUGCAAGUACUGAUAAGACUGUGUGUGUUUGGGACGCAGAGUCAGGGGAGCGUGUGAAACGUCUCAAAGGCCACACAUCCUUUGUCAACUCCUGCUGCCCUGCACGCCGAGGCCCCCAGCUAGUCUGCACAGGCAGCGACGACGCCACAGUCAAGCUGUGGGACACCAGAAAGAAAGCCCCUGUGCACACGUUCCAGAACACCUACCAAGUCCUCAGCGUCACCUUCAACGACACCAGCGACCAGAUCAUGUCCGGUGGCAUCGACAACGACAUCAAAGUGUGGGACCUGCGACAAAACAAGGAGAUCUACAGCAUGCACGGACAUGGCGACUCGGUCACCGGCCUCAGCCUGAGCCCCGAAGGCUCCUACCUGCUGUCCAACUCCAUGGACAACACGGUGCGCAUCUGGGACGUCAGGCCCUUCGCUCCCAAGGAGAGGUGCGUCAAGAUCUUCCGUGGCAACGUUCACAACUUCGAGAAGAACCUGCUGCGCAGCUCGUGGUCCCCUGACGGCAGUAAGAUCGCGGCGGGCUCCGCGGACCGGUUCGUGUACGUGUGGGACACCACGUCUCGCAGGAUACUCUACAAGCUGCCGGGACACGCAGGCUCUGUGAACGAGGUCAGCUUCCACCCGGAGGAGCCUGUCAUCGUCUCGGGGGCCAGUGAUAAACGGCUGUUCAUGGGAGAGAUCAACUGAGAACCAAUGGGGAGGACUGGGCGCUCAUGAUGAGGGACUUAUUUUGGGAACUGGAGGGACAGAGAGUGUGCAGGAAAGGAACUGAAAACAUACGUGGGGGAGAUCAACUAGGUCUCUUUCUCUGACCUAAGAUCUGGAGUGCGGAGUCCGCACACUUUUUAUUUUAUUUUUUUUUGGCAGGAUUACGUUUCAACCUCUGUCUUCUUGAGAUUCUCUCAGAGAGAAGUGUGGACUCCUCGCUCCAAAACCUCUAUCAGCCUUUGUCCUGCACCUUCCAACGUGAUUAAUAAAAGUACUCUACCUUCACCUGUGAUGUGCACAAUCUCCACCCUUGACUGACGACUAAACCACCAGUAGGGACAGUGCCCACUCAUGAUUAGGGACUACUGACAAUUCACAUGGCGUAGAUCAACAGCUCAGCAGAGCAGCUGAAAAGAGCAGAAGAAACAGUGAUGAGAAA